AUGCCUGUUAGGACCAGAAACCCGCGUUCAGUGGCGUUGUCGAACGAAAACGACGAGAACAGCACAAAUGGCUCGAAACGCCUGACUCGCGCCAAAGCAGCAGCGACCCUCAAUGCAGAUGAGAUUGCCGUGCCCACAAAGGCAUUGCAGUCGAAGAAGACUGCUGUCAAUGCUAACCCCGCACGGAGGCGCGCCGCCCUCGGCGAUGUCAGCAACAUGACCAAGGUCGAGGUUGCAGAUGGGAAGAAGACGCUCGGCAAGACGGGCCUCGUCUCCAAGGCUUCCCAGCCGAGUGGUGUACAGAAGAAGCCGGCGGCCGGUGGCCGAACUGCCCUCACCAACAAGGUGCCAAACAAGAAGGCCGAGAAGCUUUCAGGCCCCGGCUCCAUUGGCGCGAAACGCAAAUUCCCUGCUUCGUCUGUUUCGUCUGUCGCUACCACCAGCGCCACAGCCAGGGAUGAUACUCCAGACGAAGGCGAGCCGGUUCAUAAGAAGCCUCAUACACUCGACGCCGGCAAGAAAGCAAAGAUGCAUAUCGAGGUUGGAGAAGUUGUUCGCCAGCCAGUCGUGCAAGCACCUGUUAUCACUGAGCCUGUCGAGCAUGUGUACCCGGAAGGUGUCAAGGAUCUUGACAGCGAGGACCUCGAAGAUCCUCUAAUGGUGGCCGAGUAUGCCACCGAAAUCUUUGAGUAUCUUCGUGAUCUCGAGUGCAACUCAGUACCCAACCCUCAGUACAUGUCACAUCAAGACGACCUCGAGUGGAAGACGCGUGGUAUCCUCAUUGACUGGCUCAUCGAGGUUCACACCCGCUUCCACCUCCUUCCCGAGACUUUGUUCCUGGCGGUCAAUAUUAUCGACCGCUUUCUCUCAGAGAAGGUAGUCCAACUCGACCGUCUCCAGCUAGUCGGCAUCACGGCAAUGUUCAUUGCCUCCAAGUACGAGGAGGUUCUGUCACCUCAUAUCGCAAACUUCAGCCACGUUGCCGAUGACGGCUUCACUGAGUCGGAGAUUCUCAGCGCCGAGCGGUUCAUUCUCUCCACUCUGAACUACGACCUCAGCUACCCCAACCCUAUGAACUUCCUUCGCCGUAUCUCAAAGGCAGACAACUACGAUAUCCAGUCGCGUACUAUUGGAAAGUAUUUCACCGAGAUCAGCCUGCUUGAUCAUCGCUUUAUGGCGUAUCGCCCAAGUCACAUUGCUGCUGCGGCUAUGUACCUGGCACGCCUGAUUCUGGAUCGCGGUGAUUGGGAUGAGACCAUUGAGUACUAUGCCGGCUACUCUGAGGAGGAAAUUGAGCCCGUCUUCCUGUUAAUGGUUGACUACAUGGCACGGCCCGUUGUCCACGAGGCCUUUUUCAAGAAAUACGCAAGCAAGAAGUUCUUGAAGGCAUCUAUCCUGACGCGUCAGUGGGCUAAGAAGAACGCCGAGCACUACAACAUCAACGAUGCCCACCUCUCUCUGGACGAAAUCUCAUAG